AUGCCUGUCCCUCUUAGUUUCACAUCUAGGCUGGAUCGGCUAGCCAGACUGUCCAAAGUCUGCAUCACCACAGAGAACUUUGGUCUAUUUGAUGCGAUUCUUGCCCAUAACCUUAUAGAUCCAAUUGACCAUCUUGCCACCCUGCAGUCCGCUGCUGCCAAUGACCCCCUUGCGACCCUUGAACAAGUCAGCCUAAGCCAGGUCAAGGAUGUUGAAACAGCUUUCUCUGAUGGAUUGACUGAGCUGGCGAACACAGUGGACAAAACAAUAGACCAAAAUAUAAUCCAUGCUGCACUAAUGACAUUCACCACCAGCAUGAAAGAUCAGUCAAACAACGCAUCUGAUAAGGCCUACAGGGCCGCAAAGCAAAUCAUCAGCGUCUUGCCAGAGCCGGCGCGCGACUCGGCGGUCAAGUUGUUUACCGCGGCGUGUGGUGUUGUGGCCAUGUUGAAUAGCCAGCAGAUGAACUUGAUCGGGGAUUUAGCAAGAGGGCCAUGGGGAGAUAGUACGCCACAAACUAUCAGUAAUGCUCAUGCUGCAAACGGGGCAGCCGCAGAGAGCGCCAGUGAUUGGAUUAGAAGUUUAUACGCGGGCUAG